AUGGAGGAGGGGGCGGUGACGUGGCGCUCGGCGGCCGGCUCGCUGCUGCGGCACAACGUGCGCUUCCUGUGCGCGCUGGGGGUGUGGCCGCCCGCCGCCCCCGCGCCUCGAGCCUUCCGCGCUCUGACCGCCGCCCUCAUGGCGCUCGGCGCCGCUCACCUGGUGGGCGCCGCCUGCUCCGUCUACGCCUCCUCCGGCGACCUGCAGCUGCUGACGCUCGCGCUCUCCAACGCCUUCCCCGUGUCCUCGGGCUUGGCCAAGGCCGCGCUACUGGUCGCGCGCCACCGCCGCUACUCGUCCCUCGUCAGAGGCGUCGACGCGCUCCGGGCGCGCCAGCGCGACUUCUGCGACGCCGACCCGCAGCUGGCGGCCGCCCUCCGCGAGACCCGGCGCUGGUCCGUCAAACUCACUUUCCUCUUCUUCUCGUCCGUCCUGUCCGCCCUGAUCGUGUGGUCGCUGCUGCCACUCUCGAUGUAUCCCCAGGUGCGCAUAUUCCCCUUUCAGCAGCUCCCGUGGCCCAACCUUACCCGGGAACCCACCUAUUGGUUCCUGUACGUCCACCAGUGUUUGGCCACCUUCUUUUUCUGCUCCAUCGACAUGAACACAGACUGCUUUUUCGCGGCUAUUAUGGCACACAUCUCGAUGCAGUUCAAGGUCCUGGCUUCGAGAAUAGCGGGACUGCGCCUUCGGGAAAGAUCACAGAAGAUAAAACUUUGCACUGAAUCCGAUGAUGUGUCCACACUUCACGGCGACAUGUAUAAUGAGCUGUGCUUAUGCGUCGACACCCAUAAAGAGCUCAUCAGAUUGGUUGGCCUGCUGGAGUCGCUGAUGAACCCAGUGACGAUGCUGCAGUUCCUGGUGGGAGCCGUCUCCUCCUGCGUGGUGCUCUUCUCAGCCACCUACAGUGAGGCGGUAGCGAUGGCGGCAUACGACUGCGCCUGGUGCGACAGCAGCAGCAAGCUGAAGCGCGCGCUGCAGCUGGUGAUCAGCCGGGCCCAGAAGCCUCUGUCGCUGACGGCUGGCAAGCUCUACGCCGUCAAGAGGGCCGCCUUCCUCUCGAAUAUGUGCAAUGAAGAAUUAAAUCUCAUUAUAUGUUCUGGUAGAAUUAAGUGUAAUUUAGUGACGCAGUGCUGCUCUAACAAGUGA